AUGGACAUGAACAACGGGUGGCUCGGCUUCUCCUUGUCUCCUUCGGCAGGGAGGGGCGGCUACGGCGACGGCGGCGGCGGCGGAGCGAGCGCGAGCGGGGAUGGAGGAGACGGCUCUUGCUCCUCGCCUGCCGCGGCUGCUUCGCCUCUCCCUCUCGUGGCCAUGCCGCUGCAGCCUGACGGCUCUCUGCACUAUAGCUCUGCGCCAGAUUGGAGGCACGGCGCAGCAGAAGCCAAAGGCCCCAAGCUUGAGGACUUCAUGAACGUCACUUGCAGCAGCAGCAACAAGAGCAGCAGCAGCAGCCUCUACGACAGCUGCGUCCACGCCGAGCAGGCCAACAAGUACCACGAGGUCCACGACCUCCAACCCCUCUCGUGCGGCUCGUACUACCACGGCGGCGGCGGCGGCGGCGGCAUUGGCCUGGGGAUCAACAUGAACGCGCCGCCCUGCAGCGGCGUCUUCCCGGACCAGCAUCAGCAUCAGUUCGUGCCCCACCACGGCCAGUACUUCCUGGGCGCCCCAGUAGCGAGCGCGAGCCCGCCAGGCGCAGCAGUGCCGAUGUACAACGCCGGCGGCGGCGUUGUCGGCGGGUCCAUGUCCAUCUCCGGCAUCAAAUCCUGGCUCCGGGAGGCCAUGUACGUGCCGCCGGAGCGGCCGGCGGCGGCGGCGCUAUCGCUCGCCGUGACGGACGACGUGCCGGCAGAGCCGCCGCAGCUGCUGCCGGCGGCGCCAACGCCCGUGCACCGCAAGCCCGCGCAGACGUUCGGGCAACGGACCUCGCAGUUCCGCGGCGUCACCAGGCACAGAUGGACCGGGAGGUAUGAGGCUCACCUGUGGGACAACACAUGCAGGAAGGAAGGCCAGACUAGGAAAGGAAGGCAAGGCGGGUAUGACAGGGAGGAGAAGGCUGCGAGGGCUUAUGACCUUGCUGCUCUCAAGUACUGGGGUCCCUCAACUCACAUAAAUUUCCCGCUGAGCCACUACGAGAAGGAGCUGGAGGAGAUGAAACACAUGUCAAGGCAGGAGUUCAUUGCACAUUUGAGAAGGAACAGCAGCGGCUUCUCGAGGGGAGCAUCCAUGUACAGAGGAGUGACAAGGCAUCACCAGCACGGGAGAUGGCAAGCCAGGAUUGGGAGGGUCGCUGGAAACAAGGACCUGUAUCUUGGCACAUUCAGCACGCAGGAGGAGGCGGCGGAGGCGUACGACAUCGCGGCGAUCAAGUUCCGUGGCCUCAACGCGGUGACCAACUUCGACAUCAGCAAGUACGACGUGAAGCGCAUCUGCGCCAGCACCCACCUCAUCGGCGGCGGCGACGAGUGCAGGCGCUCCCCGACGAGGCCACCGGACGCGCCGGCGCUAGCCAUCGACGCUGCUGGCGCCGACCGGUCGUCGGACGCGCCGGGCAGUGGCGGCGGCGGCGACCAGGCCGCGUCCGACAACUCGGACACCUCCGACGGCCACCGCGGAGCGCACCUGCUGCACGGCCUCCAGUACGGCCACCCCGUGAAGCUGGAGGCCGGGGAGGGCAGCAGCUGGAUGGCGGCGGCGGGACAGCGGCACGGCCGGUGGCAGGCGUGCAUCAGCUACCGGUGUUCGCGCUGUGGAAUGACUGUUAAUUGUGGCAACCGCGUAGAGUACGUAGUAGCUAGUGAAAUGCAUGGCACUGCACGCCUGCAUGCACGCGGUGUAAUGACUUCGGCAGUAGUAGUGGCGGUGAAGAAAUGA